AUCCAAAGGGACAUUUGUUAACAAAAGAAACAAGAGAGAGAGAGAGAGAGAGAGAGAGAGAGAGAGCGAGAAUGAUCGGAGACGGAGUGGAAGACGAAGAGAAAUGGCUGGCGGAAGGGAUUGCUGGCCUUCAACACAACGCCUUCUACAUGCAUCGAGCUCUGGAUUCGAACAAUCUCAGAGACGCUCUCAAGUAUUCCGCCCAGAUGCUUUCCGAGCUUCGCACUUCCCGUCUUUCCCCUCACAAAUACUAUGAGCUUUACAUGCGGGCUUUCGAUGAGUUGAGGAAAUUGGAGAUGUUCUUCAAGGAGGAGACCAAGCGCGGUUGCUCUGUAAUUGACCUCUACGAGCUUGUGCAGCAUGCUGGCAACAUAUUGCCCAGACUGUAUCUCCUGUGCACGGUGGGGUCUGUAUACAUCAAAUCAAAGGAGGCUCCUGCUAAGGAUAUUCUUAAAGACCUCGUGGAAAUGUGUCGUGGUGUUCAACAUCCUGUACGUGGCCUCUUUCUCAGGAGUUACCUUUCUCAAGUCAGUAGGGAUAAGUUGCCCGAUAUUGGGUCUGAGUAUGAGGGUGAUGCUGACACAGUCAUGGAUGCUGUCGAGUUUGUACUUCAAAACUUCACGGAGAUGAAUAAGCUUUGGGUCCGAAUGCAGCAACAGGGACCCACCCGGGAAAAAGAGAAGCGGGAAAAGGAAAGGAACGAGCUUCGUGAUCUUGUUGGCAAAAAUCUACAUGUCCUCAGUCAGAUUGAGGGUGUUGACCUUGAUAUGUACAAAGAUACUGUGCUUCCAAGAGUUUUAGAGCAGGUUGUUAAUUGCAAGGAUGAGCUUGCUCAAUAUUACUUGAUGGAUUGCAUAAUCCAAGUCUUUCCAGAUGAAUAUCAUUUGCAGACUCUUGAGACAUUGUUGGGUGCUUGCCCCCAGCUUCAGCCGACUGUUGAUAUCAAGACAGUGUUAUCACGACUUAUGGAUAGACUGUCAAACUAUGCUGCUUCAAGUGCAGAAGUAUUACCUGAAUUCUUGCAGGUAGAGGCUUUUUCUAAAUUGAGCAAUGCCAUUGGGAAGGUGAUAGAAGCACAGGUUGAUAUGCCUGUUGUUGGAGCUAUAACUUUGUACGUGUCUCUUCUGACAUUUACUCUUCGUGUCCAUCCGGAUCGGCUUGAUUAUGUAGAUCAAGUGCUGGGAGCAUGUGUUAAGAAACUUUCUGGAAGACCAAGACUUGAAGAUAGCAGAGCUACAAAGCAAGUUGUUGCACUUCUGAGUGCUCCUUUGGAGAAAUACAAUGAUAUUGUUACUGCUCUGAUGCUUUCAAACUAUCCUCGAGUGAUGGAUCACCUUGAUAAUGCUACAAAUAAAAUCAUGGCAGUGGUUAUUAUUCAAAGCAUCAUGAAAAAUAACAGUUGCAUUUUGACUGCUGAUAAGGUUGAAGCAUUGUUUGAACUAAUAAAGGGGCUUAUAAAGGAUUUGGAUGGGUCUCCUAUCGAAGAGCUUGAUGAAGAGGAUUUCAAGGAGGAGCAAAAUUCUGUUGCUCGUCUCAUUCAUAUGCUCUAUAAUGAUGAUCCAGAGGAGAUGUUUAAGAUUAUAUGCACUGUGAGGAAGCAUAUUCUUACUGGAGGACCAAAACGACUUUCUUUUACUGUUCCUCCUCUAAUUUUUUCUGCCCUUAAGUUGGUCAGGCGAUUGCAAGGUCAGGAGGGGGAAGUGGCUGGAGAAGACGAGGCUGCCACUCCUAAGAAAAAUUUUCAGCUUUUGCAUCAGAUUAUUGAGGCUCUGUCACAUGUUCCAGCACCUGAACUUGCUCUUAGAUUGUACUUGCAGUGUGCUGAGGCCGCAAAUGACUGUGAUCUUGAACCCAUUGCAUAUGAGUUUUUCACCCAAGCAUUUAUCUUGUAUGAAGAAGAAGUUGCGGAUUCAAAAGCACAGGUAACUGCAAUACACCUAAUAAUAGGGACUCUUCAGAGGAUGAACAUAUUUGGUGUGGAGAACAGGGAUACGCUAACUCAUAAAGCCACAGGGUAUUCGGCAAAACUUCUAAAGAAACCUGAUCAAUGCAGAGCAGUUUAUGCGUGUUCACAUCUCUUCUGGGUUGAUGAACAAGAUGGUAUCAAGGAUGGAGAAAGGGUCCUGCUUUGCCUAAAGCGUGCCUUAAGGAUUGCAAAUGCUGCUCAACAGAUGGCCAAUGUGACAAGGGGUAGCAGUGGACCAGUCACACUCUUUGUUGAAAUACUAAACAAGUAUCUUUAUUUCUUUGAGAAAGGAAACCCUCAGAUCACUAGUGAAGCAGUUCAGGGCCUGGUUGAACUAAUCACAACAGAGAUGCAAAGCGAUACGACGACACCAGAUCCAUCUACAGAUGUAUUUUUUGCCAGUACAUUGCGCUACAUUCAGUUUCAGAAACAGAAAGGUGGUGUAAUGGGUGAAAAAUAUGAGCCCAUCAAAGUCUGAUUUGCACGUGAGUAAACAUUUCCAAGAUAUAAAGAUGCGGGCGCACACUGCGCCGAGUUUAUUUUUUUGUUUUUGUUUUUUUGGAGGGUGGUGGGGUGGUUUCAGAAU